AUGUCAUUGUCCCGCCUCAUUCGAUCAUGCGCCGAAACAAAAUCAAUCCUCAACGGCAGAGCAGCCCAUGCUUGUGUCAUCGUAUCCGGGGCCCACCAAGACGUGCAAACCAGCAACCAUUUGCUUGCAAUGUACACGAAAUUGGACCACAUCGACUAUGCCCAGAAGCUGUUCGACAGAAUGCCUGUAAGGAACCUCGUCACUUGGACAUCACUUAUUUCCGCUUAUUCCAAACUGGGCCUUACCGAAAAAGCCCUGUAUCUUUUCAGAUCAUUGGUCCUCGAUCAAGAGAUCUCCCCGAACGAGUACACUUAUGUUGCCGCUAUCUCAGCUUGUGCCCAAGCUAAUGCCUUGAGGAGUGGGAAAGAGAUACAUGGACGAAUAUAUAGGACAGGAAUAAGCUUAAACAGCUUCGUGUGCAACUGCUUGGUCAACUUUUACGGUAAAUGCAAAUUGUCGAGGUCGGCAAGGUUGGUUUUUGAGACAAUGGCCGAGCCGGAUACUGUUAGCUGUGUUUCCCUUGUGACUGGUUACGUGCAGUGUGGGGAGUAUGAGGAAGGUUUGAGGAUUUUCACGAGAUAUUCAAGAUUAGGAGUUGAGGUCAACGAGUUUCUGUACGGGAGUAUUUUAGGGUGUUGUGCUGCAUUGGAGAAUCUGAAAGCCGGUAGGCAAAUGCAGUGCAUAGGUAUCAAGCGUGGUGUGAGGAUGGACCAGUUUGCUUCGACGAGUUUGAUUAAUUUUUACGCAAAAUGUGGGCAAGUGGAGUUGGCGGGCAAGGCACUGAGGGAGUCGGAUAGGCCAAACGUGACAGCAUGGACUGCACUGAUCGGAGGUUGCGUGCAAGUUGGGAAAUGCAGAGUGGCAAUAGGUCUUUAUACGGAGAUGCUUUCUUCUGGGUUGAAACCGAGCGAGCAGACUUUUGCUUCUGUUCUUGGGGCCUUUGGUAGGGAGGAGGAAGUCCAAGGCGGGGUACAGCUCUAUUGCUUGAUUAAGAAAGGGGGAUUCGAUUCGUUCACUUUUGUGUCCAACGCCGUUUUGGAUUUUUACGCAAGGGUCGGUUUUCUUGAUGAGUGCUUCAUGAUAUUUGAUGAAAUGGGCUCACGUGAUGUCGUGAGCUGGAAUUCCUUGAUAGCUGGAUGUGUCGGCUUUGGCCAUCAUAAGACAGCGGCUAUAUGCGUGCAGAACAUGGUUUUGGACGGUUUUGACCCUGAUAUCUACACCUAUUCGUGUCUUUUGCGCGUUUGUGGUGAUCUACCGGCAGCUGAGUGGGGCAGGCAAACUCAUUGCCGGAUCGUGAAACCGGGAAUGGAUUUCAAUGUUGUUGUUGGUAGUGCUCUUGUCGAUAUGUAUGCUAAGUGCGGGCGGAUGGGAGAUGCCCGGAAAAUUUUCGACAUUCUUCCUAAUAAGAAUAUGAUCACGUGGAACACCAUGAUUUCAGGUUAUGCCCGACAUGGUUUUGGAAAGGAAGCUUUGGAUAUCUAUGACAUCAUGCUGAAAAAUGGAGUAAAGCCGAAUGAUGGAACGUUUAUUGGGGUGUUAUCAUCAUGUGGGCACGUGGGGGCUAUGGAGGAAGCACUGCACCACUUUCGUUCCAUGACGAGUGAUUUUGGAAUUUUUCCGCGGACAGAUCACAUAGCCUGCAUCGUUAGUCUAUUUGCCCGAAAGGGCCAAAUGAGAGCAGCCUAUGAUUUCGUGAGGAGCCUUCCAGGGGAGCCGAGCAAAGUGGUCUGGCGCUGUCUCUUAUAUGGUUGCGUGGAGAAUAGAGAUCUGAAUUUGGGUGUUUAUGUUGCUGAAAAAAUUAUUAGUACUGACCCAAACGAUACUUCUGCUCGAGUCUUGCUAUCGAAUAUCUAUGCGGGCUCGGAUAUGUGGAAGGAAGCUUCCCGAGUAAGGGAAAUAACAAAAGGGAUGAAAAAGGAGACCGGGUAUAGCUGGACUUGA